AUGGCAGUAUUCUCUCGUCUGCUUCCCUCGCUUGCUAGUGCGUAUGCAUUGCAAACUUUAUUUGCCUUGGCCUUUGUACCCCAGCAGAACGAGACAUACUUUGACUUGGGGGGUUCUCUCGGAUUUCUAUCAACGACAUAUAUCUCGCUCUAUUACCCGGCACUGAAGGCCAAGUUCUGGGAUGGCCUGUCGACACACCUGCCAGCCUUGUCAUCCUUUGCUCCUCGACAGCUUAUCCUCAGCGCAGCCGUUGGAAUAUGGGCGUCACGAAUGGGUAUCUUCUUGGUUUCUAGGGCGAUCAAAGCUGGCGGAGAUUCUAGAUUCGACGAAAUCAAGCGCAAGCCAGGGGUGUUCAGUUGCUACUGGUUCGGUCAAGCCUCUUGGGUCUUCCUCACCGGACUGCCUGUUUAUCUGUGCAACACCCUUCCAUCACACCUUCACCCGGCGCUCAGGAUGCAAGACUACGCCGCACUUGGUCUCAUUGCCGGGUCUUUCCUAUUCGAAGUGAUAGCAGACUACCAAAAAUCUUCUUGGCGACACAAGAAGAAUAGCAAACAACAUGACGAGAAGUUCAUUACAGGCGGCUUAUGGAGCAUCAGCAGACAUCCCAAUUAUCUCGGUGAACUCGGUAUCUGGACAGGCAUCUGGGCGCUGUCUUCCUCGGCGCUACGAACCCCAUAUUUCCCUAGGGGCACAAUCCUUUUGGCUUCGCUCAGUCCAGCGAUGACGUAUUUCCUCCUUCGAAAGCUUUCUGGUGUACCACCUCUCGAACGUCAAGCUCAGAAGCGCUGGGGAGACGAUUCCCAAUGGAAAGAAUACAAGAACUCUGUUCCUGUCUUCUGGCCUUGGUACAAGGAAGCCUAA